AUGCCGAAGACUAGGUCGCAGAGGAACGCUGGCGGGUCCAAGGGGACCGAGCGUGGUGGCUCCCAAAACCCCUCUCGGGGUCCAACACCCGGAGAAGGAGGGGCAGGGCCCUCACGAAUCCCGCCUGAACAACUGGUUCAGACAGUGGCCCAAAACUUGCCCACCUUCGAGGCAAUCAUGAACUACCUCAAAGAGCAGUCGGGAGGUCAUCAGGACAAGGAGCCCAAGGUUCAGGGAGCAGAUCCGUCAGAAUCCCGAACUGGGAGUCCCACCAAAACUGGGGCCAAGCGAGCACACCGGGAAGUCACGCGUGAGCAAGUCGAGGUCAUGGAACCUUCUCACAAGAACUCCCGGACUGAACACCCGGAGCCCGUCCGGAGGCUCCCCAGGGAAAACCUCUCCCCCCGAAGAGAGAGACAGCAGGUGCGGGACGAACUGGACCUACUUCUGGACCCAGAAGCGGACAGGUACAUUGCUUCCCCCUUUGUGCUCGAUAUCGAGGAGUUUCAACUGCCCGCGAAAUUCAAAAUCCCGAACAUGAAGCCUUACGACGCAACUACGGAUCCGGAAGACCACCUGUUUGUGUUCAUGACGCAGAUGCGUUUACAAACAGCCGCGGAUGCGGUCAGGUGCAAGACCUUCCCAAUGUUCCUAGAAGGAAGGGCUCGGCAGUGGUUCCAGGGGCUUCCCCCUAGAUCGAUCAGUUCUUUCACUCAGCUCGCACGGCAGUUCUCAGCACAGUUCGUUUCUUCACGAGCUUAUUCUAAAAGCACCGCGCACCUCAUGACUAUCCAACAGAAGGCCGAGGAGUCCUUGCGCGAGUACAUGGUGCGCUUCAAUAAUGAGUCCCUUCAGGUUCAAGAUCGCGACGACAAGGUGGUCAUGGCCGCCUUCAUCAACGGGCUGCGCAAGCAAAAGCUGUACACCGAACUGGUGGAGAGACCUCCCAAGACAGUUCGGGAGAUGUUAGAUCGAGCCCAUGAGAAGGCCAACGCGGAGGAAGCCAAUCGCCUUAAGAGUGCACAAGAAAAAUUAAGGGAUGACAAGCGCAGGAAGGGCGCCGACCAAGUGAGGGCACGGCCUGACCCGGGAAGGAGGGGUGCUUAUGACCGCCUCCCCAGGAGUAGCCCGAUGGGAGGGGACAAGUCCUGGACUGGCCUCACGGCACCCAGAGCUCGAGUGCUCGCAGUAAUGGAGCAGGAGGGGCUAUCCCGACCUCCUCGACCUUUGGUUGGGGACAAAAGCAGACGGGAUCAAGGUCUGUAUUGCGCUUAUCAUCGGGACGUGGGGCACGAUACGGAGGACUGUCGUCACCUCAAGAAAGACAUUGAAAAGCUCAUCAAACGAGGUCAUCUGGGGCAGUUUGUACGAGAGGAACGAGCUGACCAGCAACGGGGAAGGCCCAGGUCGGAACGUCCGAGCUACCUGCGGGACCGGCCUCAGGGGCCCCGGGGCCGAACUCCCGAGCAGGAAAUACAGAACCUGGCGGGGGUGAUUAACACCAUCGCCGGAGGACCUGCGGGUGGAGAUAGCCAUGCAGCUCGGCGGCAUAACCGUCCCCCUCCCACGGGGGAGAGCUCGGCCAAGCGUUUGAAGAUGUAUGAGGAAAUAAUCUAUGGACCUGAAGACGCAGUCCCCUUGGCCUCUAAUAACCAUGAAGCCAUUGUGAUAGAAGUCAUCACCUGUAACUUCAAGGUGAGGAAAGUGUAUAUAGACAACGGGAGUGCCAUAGACGUGCUUUAUUAUAAGACCUUCAAGGAGCUGCAGCUGGAGGAUAGACAGCUUGUACCGGUUCGAACUCCGUUGAUCGGCUUUGCUGGUCCUCCUGUGAGGCCGGAAGGGAUGAUCACUCUCCAGGUCACGGUGGGAGUGGCCCCAAGGUGCCGGACGAUCCCGGUAAACUUCGCGGUGGUUAAGGAGCCGUCAUCCUACAACGUAAUCCUGGGACGUCCCACGUUGAAUGCCCUCCGGGCUGUUUGUUCUACCUUGCACCUCAGCAUGAAAUUUCCUACUUCUGCGGGGGUGGCUGAGGUGCUGGGAGAUCCAGAAGUGGCAAGGGCGUGUUAUAUUGCCACCCUCAAGGGUAAAGAAAAACUGGUAGCUCAGACAAUUUGUUUGGAAUCCUGGGAACCCCUGGAGAAGGGAGAAAGAUUGGAGACAGACGAGGGAUUGGCCGAGCUGCCCGUCCAGCCCGACCGACCUGAGCGCACAGUAAAGGUCGGCGCCGGCCUGGGUGAGCUGAUCAGAAGCUCUUUGGAAUCUCUCUUGGAAGGAGUACGCUGA